AUGGAUGCUACCAAGAACAUUUUAAGGAAUUUUGAUUUUGUGGAAAAUCAAACAAAGAGAUUAAAUCAAGAGUUGGGUACUAGAGAUGAAAAUAAUUAUACUACGGAUGAAGAUAGUACAAGUAAUAGCGAAAGGUCAACACAUAAUUUGAGAAAACGGAGAAAAUUUUUGAACAUUGGAAUGGACUAUAAUUCUCAUGAAAGUGAUAAUUUAGAAAUCGAUGUGGUAAACGAUUUUAGUGAUGCUGCAUGUUCAAGCGAUUCAGGGAUAGAUC